AUGGACGAGAUCUCAGGGAAUGAAAGGAAGGGCCCUCAUUGUAAGGAAUACUGUCUGGCACUGAAGGAGAACUGUUUUGCUUUGCUCCGGGAAGAGUGCAGACACAACGUGAAAUCCGGAGCUUUUUGCGUGGUGCAUUUAAAAUGCUUCCUUAUUUAUAUUAUCCUCAUUCCCUCCCCUUCACCCACCCCCUCACCAGCCCUUCCAGAUUUCCCUAGAAAUCUGUGUAAAGCAUGCGGAGGGGAAAACAUUUGCACAAAAAGUGAAGGAGCUCGGCAAGGAGCAACAACGACCAAGACGAGACCAGAUGAGUUUUCAAAGCAGUGCUCACACACCCAGGACGCAUGUCAUCCUUUGCCUCGUGCUUUCUGCAAUGUUGCUGCUCACCUUCAUCUUCCUCUUAACCCUUGCCAUAAUAAUCCCUUCCUGACCACCACCUUUUCUCCAUCCACCGCCCACUCAGCUCUUUCUCUGAGGUGCCCCUCCUGUGGGGCGUGGCUUUGUCUCUGGAAAGCUCCCCCUUUGAAUCAAACCCAGAUGGCUACCAUUAUUUCCCCUUUCUUCUGUCUCCUCCUCAUACCAGACUCAGCUAACACUCAGUCCCUUGGUCAGGAAAACCAGAGAAAAUCUUCCUCCUUUCCAAAUGAAGUCACAAGAUGCUCUGCCAGAGCCAUCACACUCAAGGAAGAGACCCAAGGUAUAGAUGAGUGUGAUGUCAUUGAAACCAGAUGGAAGACCAGAAAUCCCUUAAUCCCAGUCAGACCUAGUGAUGGAGCUUACUCAUGACUCUGGGGACUGAUUAAGAAUAUGUUGGCAGGGAGGAGGAGAGGGAGAGACACUCUGAACUGGA